UUUAUCUGGUACAGUUUAUUCUAGCCGAAUGUUCGUGUUCAAACAGCUUUAGAUGUGAACUUAUCAGAGUUCUAAUCCGGAUUUUAUUUGUGUUGUUUAUUGUGUACGGAACACAGUAGACCUUUCUGGUAUACUCCCAACUUACUAGAGGGUACACGGCUACAAAUUGAACUUAAAAAUCGACUUUUGUCUUAUAAGUUGAGAGUAACUGCGUUGAUGAACUUUGGAACUUCUUCUCUGCUUACAAUUUAAGUAACCUAGUUAUACAAGAUGGCCUCACCUGGGAACACCGAUAUAACAUCGACGUCACCGGAAUUUCCCCAUGUGUGGAGCAAGGGAAAUUUUGUGGGUGGAAGUGUAAAUGUAUACGAGAUUAUCGACCCUAGUGACCCAAAUGAUGUCAAGUUUGUUGGCAAAGAUAUUUCUGUCGCAACGGCUAAAACCGAAAAGGAAAAAAAUAAAGCUGAACUGAACAUUCUGAUGCUAAUAAAACACCCGAGGAUUGUAGCGUUCUAUGGCUUCCAACAAACCCCGACGCUCUUGACUAUUUUUUAUAAGUACAUGAAACUGGGAUCCGUUGCGAAGCUGAUAAAAGAGAGAGGUUCACCUCUAGAUGAGGCCACAGUCCGCCUCUACACCAGACAAAUUCUUGAAGGCUUGAACUUCCUACACAAAAAUAAACCAUCCAUCAUUCAUAGAGACAUUAAAGGUGAGAACGUGCUGUUGGAGUCACCAGACAAGGUCCAGCUGACCAACUUCGGACUGUCCAAGAUCCUCCACACACUGACCAAUGCCAGGUCAAAGGUCGGCACGUCCUACUGGAUGGCGCCUGAGAUUAUCACAGGAACAGAGGGGGAAAGCUAUGACGUCAGGGCGGAUAUAUGGAGUUUAGGAUGUACAGUCGUCGAAAUGUCCACAGGAAAACCACCAUUUGGUGACAUCGACCCAGUUGAUGCGGCUUAUAAGAUCGGCAUGGGUGAAGAAAUGGACUACAAGUUGCCGGAAACAACAUCCAAUGAUAUGCUACAAUUCUUGGAGAAGACUUUCCAGAAGGAUUUUAACAACCGUCCAAGUGCUGAAGAGCUUCUUAAUGCUGACCCAUUUCUAGUAGUAGGGAAUGUGUAG